AUGAAGGCUAAUCGUGGUGCUAGUGGGAAUGGCAAUUCUUUUAAUGGAGGAACCAACACUCAAAAACGCUCCAAUCUACGCUCAAACUAUAGAGGUAACAACGGCCGUAACUCUACUGGUAAUGGUAAGAAUGAUGUGAUUUCCCCGGCUAAUGGGAAAAAUGAUCCCAAAAUCUCUGCUGUUGAAAAGAACUUGGUGUCUUUGUUCAAUUUGAACGACCAGCAAAUAAAUCAACACAUGAAGGACCGUUUCAACUUCCUUUUAAUCAAUGCUAUUGGUUCCAAGGCCAUUGCUACAGUUAGCUCUGGCUCCAGAUUCAAAGGUAUUGUCACUGCAGUUGACAAUACAACUUUAUCUGUGGUUUUGACUAACCCUGAAUUAUUUGAAAGUGUUUUGGGAGAAGAUUCCGGCAAUGAGGAACUACCAAAGGAAUUGAUUAUCGAAUCAAAAGAUCUUAUGGAUUUGGAGUUGCUUAGUGUAGAUUUUUCUACUACUCUAUCUAAGAAAUCCCAAAGCUUGGCCCCAAUUGGCCACACCAAUGCCAAGAUAGGCUUCAAAACUGAUACUGAUAUUUCUGGUAAUUUGCAAGUGAAGGAAAGGGAUUUACAACGUUGGACUCCUGAAGGUGCUGAAAGUAAUACCACUGCAUUGUUAAGUGGUGGUUUAGAAGAUGAUAUUGAUCACAAUGGUAGUUGGGAUCAGUUUGCAGUAAAUGAAAAGAAAUUCGGGGUUCAGUCUACUUGGGAUGAAAAUUUAUACACUACCAGAUUGAAUAAAGAUUCUCCAGACUACCAAGCCAAAUUGAAAGAAGCAGACAGGAUUGCCAAAGAAAUCGAAAACCAAGGAUUCAAUGGUAACAUUCACUUGGCUGAAGAAAGAGGUAUAUUUGUUGAUGAUUCUGGCAUGGAUGAAGAAGAUAAGUACUCUGGGGUUGAUAGAUCCGGUGCUGAUAAGAGAGGUAAUGAAUUAAUGGCUGCUUUGAGAAGUGGAGUUUCCAGUGGAAGCACAAUGGAAAUCACUAAAAACAAUUAUUUGCCAUCUGCUGUUAAUGGUAAAUACAUUCCUCCAAAACAAAGAAACGAAGUUCAUAACUUGGAUCCUGCAAUCAUUUCUAGUAUGAAGCAAAGUGGAGCAUCACCUUCUCCUGUUUCGGCAUCUUCUUCUAAGAAAAGCGCCCAAGUUAUUUCUCCUCCUCAAGUAAAGCAUCAUCAUGGCCACCAAUCCCAUCUUCAUCAUUCUCAUCAAGAACUGAAAUUGGCGGGACUCAAGUCAAAGACUUCAAAUGAAGAUAAUAGAUUGAAUGCCCAGCGGGAGAUUAACUCUCUCAAAGAGUUUUCCCAAAACUUCAAGAUUCCUCAAAAAUUCCCAAAAGAUUUGUUGCCUAUAUUAUCAAAGGAUAAGCAGAAGCAACAGGAAAUUAUUAAACGAGCCAAUGCUAAUGCAUCUGAACUGCCAAGUAAAGAAGCGCAAAGCUCUAGGGAAAAUACCACUGCUUCUUCCAAAGCAACUGUUUCAAAAGAUAAACCUACUGGUUUACCUAAGGCAUCCACAUCUUCACCAGCUGUUAAACCAUCUGGAUCAACAUCACUUACAGGCUCAAUUUCACCUGCUGAUAAAGCUGGAUUGCCUCCUAAGCCUCCUGCUUCUCGUAGCUCUAAUCAUUCAUCAACUGUUAACUCUCCAAAAUCUGCUGCAGCCACGGUCUCAUCAGCAGCGCCAAAUGUUGCAUCGCCAUUAGCCGCACAGACUUCUGCUGUUCCUCCUAAGAAAAAAAUGGAUCCAAGGGCUCAAUCCUUCAAACUCAAUCCAACCGCUAGGUCGUUCACUCCGGCUAAUGGUUCUCCUAUGAAGAACUUUUCUAAGAUAAAUAACAGUCCUUCGAGGCAAAAUGUUCACAUGGAAGAGUCAUAUAUGAACCCUCAACAUAACCAUCAGCAUCAUAAUCAUCAUAACCAAACACACAGUCCGCGUCCAUCUAAGCGUAACUACUCUCCGCAAGUGUUCUCGGUUAAGAUUCCUCGUGUUGGUGAACGAAGAACCCUCAACGAUGGAGAUUUCAAUUUCAUUCUACAAUCGAGUGAUGUGAUUGAAAAAGCUUACCAAACACAACCAACCUGGGGAGCUACAACGACUGAAUCUCACAAGAAGCUUUAUCCAUCAGAAAUGCCUCAGCAUUUCGCUGGUGGUAAUGGUCUUCGUGGUCCAGGUAUAAAUAUGUCGAUUCCUAGGAAUGCUAUGGGCAAUGGCAUGAUGGGAGGUAUGGGCAAUGGAAUGGGCGGAUAUGGUUUCUAUAAUGGCGGUGGUGCUCCAAUGAUAGCAGGCGGUCAAUUUAUGAACCCAAUGGCUGGAAGUCCGUUCAACUUAUCAGCUGGUGGAUUUGUAUCUUCAAUGCCAAAUCCGAUGAUGAACCAAAUGCCUGGUGCUGAUCCGGCAUUUUUUGCCCAAAUGAACCCAGUUAUGGGUGCUGGUAAUAUGGGAUUCCCAUAUGGCGCUGGCGCUGGUGUACCACCUCAAUUUAUGGCUGCUGCUCAAGGCAGACAUAUGGGAAUGAUGCCAGGGCAACCAGGUCCGGUGGAUCCAAUGAGUAUGUUGUAUCCACAAUUUCAGAAUGGGGGUGGUAGAGGACCUAACAUUGGGAGACAUGCUGGAGGUGGUGGUCCAAACAUGUCACCACAAAUUAACUAUGGAAAUUUUUAG